UGGAAUUUAUGUUCCGUAAUAUUAGUUUUCUUAGCCUUAUUAUCAGAAUGUCCAUUGUAGGAAGUUCAAAUCUUCAAAGUCUGAAUUUAUUGAAAAAUUAUAAAAUUGUCAAGAUUUCAAGAAAUUUUGAAAGCUCUUUUUACUCCAAUAUUAAGAACUUACUUACUCUAAAAUUUCAUGCCUUUGGAGAAUAUUUUGACAUUCUUUUAUAUGUAGACGAAACAUUAACAUCAUCGAACAGUAUAGUUGAAAUACACAAAUAUGGCCGUAUUUUGAAAAAAUCCCUCCUGGAUCUCGACGAAUAUUUUAUUUAUCAAGGGAUUGUACGAGGAAGAAAUUAUUCAAAAGUUAGUGGAUAUUUCUACAAGACGUUCUUCACAGGAAGUAUUGAUUUAUUUCAAGAAAUCUAUUAUCUAGAACCAGCUUUUCUUUAUCUAAACGAUACGAGAUACGAAUAUCAAACAAUUAUUUAUAAAGAAUCUGACGUGAAAUAUCUUAAAUGCAAGUCUACAAACGAAAAUGAAAAUGCUUCUUGUAAGAAGAUACAUUACAAUUUUGCGAAGUCGAGUACUGAUUAUCGUUUACAGAAUUUUAAAGUAAGAAAGAUCAAACAGAAAAAAAUUUGCGGCAUAGAAUUAAUCGCCGAUCAUACGUUUUUUAAAGAAAUGGGAAAAAAUCACGGAUGGACUAUUGCAGAGAUGCUUUAUCAUUUAAAGAUGAGCGAUAAAAUAUUUCGUUCCACCGAUUUCGAUGGAGAUUCAAGACCUGAUAAUAUUGGGUUUUCGGUGGAUAAAAUCACAAUAUACGAAUCAAAGAACGAAACAAAUUAUCCAAUGGCCAGAGUUUCUCAUCGUGCUGAAUAUUUCUUAAAUGAUUUAUCAUAUCAUGUUCAAAAUUACUGUCUUGCAAUCUGUUUUUGCUAUAGGGAAUUCGAAAAGAACGUUCUUGGAAUGUCGUAUCGUGCUACGAGCGAUACUACUAAUAUUUUUAACAAUAAUUUUUACUUUGGUGGAAUUUGUGCGAAAUCUUUAUCUUCAAUAUUUCGUUCACCUCGUUCGUUAAAUGUUGCUUUUAUUACUGGCUUAAGCAAAAGUAAAAAACUUCCUAAACCGAUGGUUAGUGUCGAAUUAACUCACGAAUUAGGACAUAGUUUCGGGAGUUAUGAUGAUCCUCAGAAUAAUCCUAUUUGUAGUCCUGGUGAUUUCGGAAGUUCCUUAGGGAAUUUCAUCAUGUAUCCAUUUGUCAGCGAAGGUUAUGAACCGAAUAAAAAAUUAUUUUCUAUUUGUAGCACGCAAGAAAUGCUAAAAAUAAUUUACCGGAGACGAAAUUGUUUUAAAGAAAGUGCGAUUUCAGUUUGUGGAAAUGCCAUUACUGAAAACGAAGAGGAGUGCGACUGCGGUACUAAUGAAACGUGUCGAUUAAUUGAUAAAUGUUGCACACCUAAAGGUGGUAUAGGACAGGAUAAAGAAUGCACUUUUAAAAAGACGAAUGGAGCGAAAUGCAGUCCUCUCGAAGGAGAAUGUUGUACCGAACAGUGUAAUCUGAUCCCAGCCAACGAAAAUUUUAAGUGUCAUAAAGAUUUUCCAUGUUAUAGUAAUGUUACGUGUAACGGUAAUUCACAGUUGUGUCCUAUAGAUAUAAAAAAUGACGGAAUUCCCUGUUUAGGUAAUUAUCUUACCUGCAAGAAAGGUAAAUGUAUCAGUAACGUUUGUCAGGAUCAUAAUCUCAAAAGUUGUCAAUGCACAUCUUCGGAUAAAAAGUGUCACGUAUGUUGUCUAGAUAAUAACGAAGUAUGUCGUUCCGCCGAAGAAUUCGGUUACUUUACUCCCGAGGGAACAGUUUUUAUGAAACUUGCAGGAAUUAGAUGCGACGGAACGAGCGUAUGCGACGAUAAUGGUCGUUGCAUUUUCAAAAGACAAUCUUUACAUUGGAUUUACUUAAUGUUAGUGUUUAUUAUACUAAUAUUAAUAAGUCUUUACAUGCUACAAUUUAAAUUUCGUAUUUUUAAAAUAAUAAAAUUUUAAUAAUA